AUAUCAGCUAUUCAAUUAGCUAACAGAUAUUUAGCUAUUCAUAACAGCCAAACCAAACAGAACCUUAGCCACUUAAAGUGUUUCAUAUAUAUCAAAUUUUCUCUCCUUUCCAUUUGUUGUUGGCAGCAUGUUUAUUAAGUAAAGCUAUUUUAGGGAAAUAAAAUAGAUACAGUUUUGGUCAUAUCAGGUCCAGUAAAUCAUUUUAACUAAUUUUCUAUUCCUUUGCCCUUAUACUUUGUCAUUGUCAGCAUCUCCUACUCUUGCUUUAUACCUUUGAUAAGAGAUAUAAUACAUGCAAAUGCAGGUACUCAACUGAUUAUGGCAUGUUUCACUUCUGCAUAGCUGACACUGAGCAUGACUGGAGGGAAGGAACAGAACAGUAUAGGUUUAUUGAACAGUGCCUUGCUUCAGCAGACAGAAGUAAGCAGCCUUGGUUGAUCUUUGCAGCCCAUCGGGUCCUUGGAUAUUCCUCUGAUAAAUAUUAUGGCCUGGAGGGCUCAUUUGAAGAGCCUAUGGGAAGGGAAAGCUUGCAGAAGCUUUGGCAAAGAUAUAAGGUAGACAUUGCCUUUUAUGGCCAUGUCCACAACUAUGAAAGGUCAUGCCCAAUCUACCAGAACCAAUGUGUGAAAAACGAAAAACAUAAUUAUUCAGGCACGGCAACUGGAACAAUUCAUGUUGUCGUUGGUGGGGGAGGUGCUCACCUAUCAGAGUACAGUACUGUCACUCCCAACUGGAGUAUUUACAGAGAUUAUGAUCAUGGGUUCGGUAAAUUAACGGCUUUUAACCACUCAUACUUGCUGUUUGAGUACAAGAAGAGCCGUGAUGGAAAAGUUUAUGAUUCAUUCACCAUUUCAAGGGACUAUAGAGAUGUCUUGGCUUGUGUGCAUGAUGGCUGUGAAGCAACUACUUUGGCAACUUAGGCUUUUUACUUGGCCAACUAAAACAAGUGACAACUUAGACUUGGUGUAUAUCUUUUAUUGGGAAAAAUAAUGCUACAUUCGUCCGUAGAAUCCAUUUGUUCAUGUCCUUUGUGGGCUUAAUAAUUCGUUGAAAGAACUUGAAAUAUAAUAAUAUUAUAAUU